AUGCCCGGAGCGGUGGCGGGGGCGGCGGCAGCAGCCUCGGCAGCGGCGGGGAUGCUGCCGGCUCAGGAGGCGGCCAAGCUCUACCACACCAACUACGUGCGGAACUCGCGGGCCAUCGGGGUGCUCUGGGCCAUCUUCAUCUGCUUUGCCAUCGUCAACGUGGUGUGCUUCAUCCAGCCCUACUGGAUCGGCGACGGCGUGGACACCCCGCAGGCGGGCUACUUCGGGCUCUUCCACUACUGCAUCGGCAACGGCUUCUCCCGGGAACUCACCUGCCGGGGCAGCUUCACGGACUUCUCCAGCCUGCCCGCGGGAGCCUUCAAAGCCGCCUCCUUCUUCAUCGGGCUCUCCAUGACGCUCAUCAUCGCCUGCAUCGUCUGCUUCACCCUCUUCUUCUUCUGCAACACGGCCACCGUCUACAAGAUCUGCGCCUGGAUGCAGCUGACCUCGGCUGCCUGUCUUGUCCUGGGCUGUAUGAUUUUUCCUGAUGGCUGGGAUUCAGAUGAGGUAAAACGGAUGUGUGGUGAAAAGACAGACAAGUACAGACUUGGGGCUUGUUCAGUCCGCUGGGCAUAUAUCCUGGCUAUUAUUGGAAUCUUGGAUGCCCUGAUCCUCUCGUUUCUGGCAUUUGUGCUUGGCAACAGACAAGACAGCUUGCUAGCAGAGGAACUCAAGUUGGAAAACAAAGAUGAUGGAAAUGCUUAAAACAAACUAAGUCCUGCUAAGCCAAUCCUCACUAGAAUGAGCACAAAACAAAAUGAGUAACUGCUUUUGUACAUCAGCAUUAAAUGGAAAGAAACUUGGGAAGGAGCCUUCAAUGGAGAAGAAUGUUGACAAGUGCAAAAAUACCCAAUUGGUAAGAGCUGCCUUCUAAACAUAGAUCAGCCAAGCAUGGAAGUGAUUUUCUGAAGAGAGAUGCAAUCAUGGAUUACACACCAGCUCAUUAGAAACUGUCACUGAAUACAGCCUUCAGAAGACAUGCAUGAAAAGUCACAUUUAGGGAAUAAAUUAAAAGGGAUGUAGUUGUUGCUAGACAAAACGUAUGUAAUAUAUGCAUUGAAAAAGUUUGUAAACUCAUUUUUUUUAUUCAACUGAAAAGCAAAAAGCUUUAAAACCUUUCACAGUAGAGAGAGACAGUUAACUCAAGACUAUUUCUGUUCCAGUAGCCAGGAAACUGAUAGGACAUCACUCUUAAAAAAGCAUUUAUAAAUAGACUCUCUCAAUGUUUCCAUCUCCUAGAGGAAAAAGUAUAACUUUUACUGCAGCAUUUCUGCACUUUGUUUAUUUCACUGUAUAAUAAAUUGGUUAAAAAUGUAAAGCUUCUCAAUUUUUACUGCAUAUGUCCUCUGUUUAAUUUAUGUCUGUAACAAACUUAUAACUGAAGAAUUAUUUCUGACGUAUAUUGUAGUUCUGUGAAGGCAUAUAUACAAUAAGUUUCAUCUUUCUGAAUGUCAUAAUGCUGUUGAUUUCCAUGCAACAUAGACUUGCUCCUAUUUAAGGUGGCAAAAUAAAACCACUUAUUUACAAAAAGAAAAGGGAGGGGGAGAAAUUACUUGACACCUGAAAUGUAACACACAGCUGCAGUUAAACACUUUUGUAUUUUUUCCUGUUCUAUGUCAUAUAACCACUUAAUGAAAUCCAGUGACCUGUGUUAUACAGGAGGUCAGAGAAGAUGAUCUAAUGGCCCCAUCUGGCCUUACAAUUUAUGAAUCUGACUAGUAAACAGGUACAUUUUACAGAACACUACCUAAAAGCUCUGGGCCAGAUUCACUGCUAUGCUCUGGCUGCUUUGUCUGGUGGGAAGCAGCUGGAGCACAGCAGUGACUGUGACCCUUCACAUUUUAUUUUGCUUAUGUGGCGUGAGAGUCAUAUUACCCUCAAGUUAUUCUGACUUUGGUGCAACAUUUAGUUGCUGUUCAUAAGGUUCCUUGCCAAGCAAACUCAUUCUGGAAAGCAAUAGAAUAGUAAGAGCAGUCUGAAGCCGAAUGUGAGCAGAUA